AUGAACUUUACCUUGGUAACAGCUUUAGUCUGUACCUUCAGUUGGAUCUCUGUCUCAGUUUCUGAGUUUCACACUGUGGAGGUUCAGCCUGGUGAAGAAGUCACACUGAUGUGUUCCAACUUUACCAGUUUACCCUCUCACAUAAACUGGUUCAGACUGAACAACAGAUCCAAUGCCAGCUGCAUCUCCGCUAUGUUCAGCUCUGAUACCAAUGCUACAUUCUGUGAUGGAUUUCAAAAUAGCACAAUUAAUAUGACGUCCAACACCACGACCAUCUUUCUCAAGAUCAAACAAGUGGAUUUAUCUGACUCUGGACUGUAUUUCUGCGGAUUUUAUUCAAAUGGAAACUCAGUAAUUGUCAGUGCAACUUAUUUAAAGGUUCAAGAAGCAUUUGAUGGAGGCACAAAGCUCACAAGUGUGAUCUUUGGUGCUCUGAGCUUUUUCCUCGUUAUGGUCGUCAUCAGUCUGGUUGUCAAGAUCAGGAAACUUUAUACAACUCAGAAAGAGGCACAGAAUCUACAACCCAGUGAGAUGAGUGACUGUAAAUACUUUUAUUUACAGAAUCUGGGCUCUGAUGCCCUAAACUAUGCAGCGCUGAGUUUCCGCUCGAAAGCAAAAAACAGCAGAAGGCCUGCAUCAGAGAACCAGCUGGAGCCAAAUGUUGUGUAUGCUGCCACCAGAUAG